AUGGAGGCUGGAUGGGUGGACGACUUGAAACUUUGGCCCAAGAUUCAGCGAUCCUUCAUCUAUGAGUACAUGGUGGACCGAGAGGACCUGGAUGGGAAGCCAGCAAACAACCAUAAGGGAUUCGCCGAAGCCCUAAACCUGCUGGACUCUGGCCAUGUAGCAACCAUUUUCGUGCGAGGGGGCAGUGGCUCAUGUCAGCUGAGGGCUAGUGUGCGAUCGUCACAGACGGUAUCAAAAAUGUAUGAUACCUUGAUCAGCUUCGAGGACAACGUCAUAUUGAGCAUUGUAUGCUCUUGCAUGGCAGGGCUGGGACAAUCAUGCUCCCAUGCUGGAGCAAUUUUGUUCAAAGUAGCGGAAGCAACAAGUAGUGGGUUGACCGGGUCGUCCUGCACAGAUGUGCAGUGCAACUGGAACGCGUCCACCGUAAAGAACGUUGUUCCUUCCCCGCUGGAGACCAUAUGUGGACACACACCGAAAAAGGCAGCUUUCCUACAGUUUGACAGCCAUGCUGCACUCCAACAACACUUCAUGAGAUCUGGGUUCCAGGGCCCGGGAGGAUCCAUCCUGUCUUCGGUGAUGGAAGCUACACUUAAGCCGCCUCCACUGCAGAUUUUUGGAGGAGCUCGUGCCCAUGGAAGUCACAGCGCGGACCUGUCAUGCCAGCUAUGCAGGAAAUUCUACGAGAAGAGUGUGCAGUUGACUGCAAUUCAAAUAUCGUCACUGGGAGAGCGAACCCCAAGCCAGGGGAGCAGUGAAUGGCUGCAACAACGACGCCUGAGGAUCACCGCAAGCACAGCUGGCUCAAUCCCGAAGACUGCGUCACCAGAGAACUGGAUUGCCAGGCGGCUUAACAACACAUUCCGUGGGAAUGACAGCACAAGGCAUGGAAAGUUAUCCGAGCCCAAGGCACGGGCGUGGUAUGAGAGCGAAAGAAACUGCAGAGUCGAGCUCUGUGGCAUGACUGUCAAGGAGGCCACUCCAUGGCUAGCUGCCAGCCCAGACGGCUUUGUUCCUGCCAGCGACAGCUUGCUGGAAAUUAAGUGUCCAACAGACAAUGUCUUGAACAGGCAUGGCGGCCUAACUGGCCUCUUUUCAAGUAGAACAUACGACGUGAGAUACGACGGCCCCAAGUUAAUGCUAUCACGAGAUGGAAAAUCUUCGUUCUACACCCAAGUGCAGCUGCAGCUCUUCUGUUUGGGGAAAACACAUUGUGACUUUGUAGUGUGGGCGAGAGGUGAAGGGCAUAUCGGUGUGAAAGGUCAAGCGCACAUAAUUGGUGUGCCGUAUGACAAGGAAUUUGUGGACAAGUUGCUGCCAAAACUGGAAACACUUUAUUUUGAGCAGUACCUGCCUGCACUUGUUGACUCUCAUUGA